AUGCACAAUAUGGUACCGUGCUAUCACACGGAAACGGUUGCGCAGCAAGAACCGCUAUGGCUGCUCGACGACGCUCGAAAAGAUGACAAACCGCCACCGUACCUGUUAGCAACACAUGAGAAAGGCUUCAAAAGACCAUGGCUAGACGAAAAGAUUAUUGCUACGAUCAAUGAGCGCAUAGAAGAGCUCGAUCCCGCACUGCGCGAGCUGAGUUUGAAGAUUCAUGAUCAUCCGGAGAUUAUGUGGACGGAGCACUAUGCACAUGACACACUUACAGCGUUCAUGGAUUCGUAUGGGUUCAAUGUCACAAAGCACUAUCUUGGUCUUGAGACGGCAUGGCGUGCAGACUUUGAACACCGAUCCUCGGCGGUAUCAAAGAAGAGCCCUCUCAAAACGCUAGGUCUCAACUCGGAGAUGGAUGCGCUCCCUGGUAUUGGGCAUGCAUGUGGCCAUAACUUGAUUGCGAUUGCUGGUGUUGCCGUGGCAUUGGCGGUCAAGACCGCUUUAGAGAAGCACGAUUUGGACGGAAGAAUUGUGUUGCUCGGUACACCUGCCGAAGAAGGAGGUGCCGGGAAGAUUGACUUCAUCCAACGCGGUGGCUACAAGGAUAUGGACAUUUGUCUGAUGUGUCACCCUGGCCCCGGACCCCGUAAUACUACAGGAACAGGACCUUCGCUAGCGAUUACCGGAAUAGAAGUGGAAUACUUUGGUCACACAGCGCAUGCUUCGGCUGCGCCUUGGGAAGGGCAAAACGCUCUCGAUGCCGCAUUCCUCGCCUACUCGUCCGUUUCUGUCUUGCGCCAGCAAAUCAAGCCAACUCACCGCGUACAUGGGAUCGUGGAGGGUCGUGAUUGGGCUCCAAAUAUUAUUCCGGACUAUGCAAAAAUGCGUUGGCUCGUAAGGGCACCUUCAGCCGCAGAAGUUGACAUAUUGCGUGAACGAGUCAUCAAUUGCUUCAAGGGUGCAGCACUGUCCACUGGAUGUAAAAUGGAGCUCAAAGUGGAUCGCACGAUGUUUGACCUGCGGCAAAAUAGUGUGCUUUCAUCAGAGUACCACAAUGUGUCGCAAAGCCAAUAUGGUGUGGGGCCCAACUCGAUGGAGGGUGCGAUUGGAGGGAGCACCGACUUUGGCAAUGUCACCUACGAGUUGCCCUCGCUUCACCCGUCUUUCUCAAUCCCAACCGAGCCCAACGGAGGGAAUCAUACAAUAGGCUUCACGAGGGCUGCAAGGACCGAAAAAGCGCACGAAUGCACGCUCAAGGUCGCAAAGGCACUUACUCAAGUUGGCAUGAGAGCAAUAAUAGACGAGGAAUUCCUGAGUCAGGUCAAGGAAGCAUUCAACCCUAACCGCUGA